AUGAAACCAAAAUAUACCCAGGUCCGGCUAAAGAAGGAGAAAAAAAGACCACCAUCACGUAAGCAGCCCCCCUCUGCAGACCAUAGCCCCCUAGACGGUAUCCACUCACACAGAUCCCUUGCUAAGGUGCAGCCUGCUGGAGGUGAGGACAGGGGAGGCGGAGGAGAUGGUGCCUCCCUAUCCCGCUCUGUCAGGGAUUUGCAGUUGCUUAGCUCCAGCUCCAACGACGAGGAUUCUGAGUCUCCUUCUGAGUCCCAGUUCCGAUGUACCACUCCGGUCUACCUCACCCGCCGCUACCAGAACAGUUUGAAAUGGUACCAGGCGGUGCGCAGCGAGAAGAAGACCAAACAUCACAAGGAGAGGCUUGACCAGCUUUGCUAUAAGUGCCCCUGGCACCCCAUUACGAAGUCAGGUGACAUCUUCCAGUGUUUCUGGCACCCCAUUACGGAGUCAGGUGACAUCUUCCAGUGCCCCUUGCACCCCAUUACGAAGUCAGGUGACAUCUUCCAGUGCCCCUUGCACCCCAUUACGAAGUCAGGUGACAUCUUCCAGUGCCCCUUGCACCCCAUUACGAAGUCAGGUGACAUCUUCCAGUGUUUCUGGCACCCCAGUACGAAGUCAGGUGACAUCUUCCAGUGUUUCUGGCACCCCAGUACAAAGUCAGGUUCUGCUAACAAUGCUUGUGUUCCAAAACCAAAGGAGGAGAGUAAGAGACCUCCCCUUCCUAGCCUUAGAAGAUUGAAGCAGGUAUUUACAGGCCUUUAUCAGCAGAGGACUGUGGUGGCUAAACCCUCCAGCGAAUUGAAUGGGGUGCCGACUGACACACAUAGGCUGUUUAAGACCCCUUCAUCCAAGACCUCCUCCCCUAAGACCCGCUCCCCCAAGACUCCCUCAUCCAAGACCAGCUCCCCCAAGACUCCCUCAUCCAAGACCAGCUCCCCCAAGACUCCCUCAUCCAAGACCAGCUCCCCCAAGACUCCCUCAUCCAAGACCAGCUCCCCCAAGACUCCCUCAUCCAAGACCAGCUCCGCCAAGACUCCCUCAUCCAAGACCACCUCCCCCAUGACUCCCUCAUCCAAGACCACCUCCCCCAAGACGCACUCACUCAAAACCCCCUCUCCCAAGACCCGCUCCCCCAAGAAGCCUCAGACUAGAGUUCUUCACAGAUUCACCCAGGAUCCGAGGAUCCGAGAUCCGAUCCAGGAUCAGAGCCCAUCUAUGCAGCCCACCUCCAGCACCUCCAGCAACAACCCAGAAGGGAGACCUGCAGCCUCAACCUCAAUUCUGGGCAGGAGUUUAGAGCUAAAAAUUAGUCAAGGUUUCCAGAAACCAGACACACCCAGGCCAAAGAGCUACUCCCCCAAGAGCAAACCAACAGGGAUUUCACUGAACUAUAGGGGUACUGGUACUCCUUUCCGGGGAAGUGAGGGGAAUCUAACAACUACCCCCACUUCUAGGGGCCUGGCAAUCCCCCAUGACUGUCCAUCUCAGACCAGGAGUUCUCUGAGUAAAGCCUCAUAUUCUGCCAAAUUACCAUGGGAUGGAAAGAGGGAGAGAGAGAGAGAGAGGGACAGGGAGAGAGAGAGGGACAGGAAGAGAUGGGAGAGAGAGAGGGAGAGAUGGGAGAGGGAAAGGUGUCCACCCUCACAGAGACACCCUCACCCAGCACGGGGCCCAAUUCCACAGCCAAGCCGGGAGGAUCAUCCUAAAGAAUGCUUCAGAAAGAAAGACAAAACUACUACAGGACAGGAGGACUUUAGAACUAAAGUCAAAAUACCAUGGGCACCAACUCAAAAACCCUCUAGCUCUCACAAGAGUUGGCCAAAUGUACCCUCACCCUGCCAGAAUCCUCCACCUGCGAGAAAUGGCCCCCAGUCAUACUCCAAAAAUAUCAAAGGCGCGCACUCACCCUCAGCUCAGACUAAAUCUAAAGUACCAGGGGAGAAGACAGACUCUCAGCACAUCAGCUCCCCCCCUACAACACAGAAGGUCCCUCAGGAGUCAGUGUCCCCUCCCCUGUCCCCCCGCUUCAGACCCGGCCCCAGCAGUCCGGAGCUCAUCCAUGCCUUUGUGAGUGCCAUGGGCUAUCUGCUCGGUGUGCCACCCACCUCCAUCCCUGGCCUCUGCCCUUCACCUAAAGACCCUGGUACGUCCUCCACCACUGACCCAUCAGCUUUUAACUCAGACCCCAUUCAGCCCCCCUGGACUGAAGAACUACGACUCAUCCGGCAAAGACUCAGUGAGCCUGGCUUAGGGCUCAACCCCCAGCCUCCCGACCACACCCAACCAGCCUCCAGACCAAAGGACACACACACAGGACAGGUGAGAGGAGAUAGGAUGAAGAUGAGGAUACUGUAG